AUGUACCUCCUCUCUUUCUUGAUAGCAGCAGCUCUCUUUACUACAAAUGUGCGUGGCAUUGGUACCAAUGAUCAUGUCGAACCGGACAUCGAUUACGGCACUUUCCAGAACCCCUCAUCCAGUGUGAGACCACGCUUCCGCUACUGGGUGAAUGAUGCGUCGGUGAACCUUAGCGUGGUGGCAGAGGAUGUAAAAGCCAUUAGUAAAGCCGGGGCAGGAGGGCUCGAGCUACUAGGCUAUUACCUCUAUGGAGAUUCUUCGACUUUUGGUGGACAAUUAGCAUCGCCGUUACAGUCGGACUGGACUGUAUUCGGUUAUGGCAGUCCUGCAUGGAAAAACUUAGUUGAAACGGUUCUGACAGCAGCAAAGGAGGAUGGCUUACUCGUCGACUUUGCAAUCGGACCCAACCAAGGCGCCGGUGUCCCGGCUCCAUACAAUGACGACGGCCUUUUGUGGGAUCUCGCUGGUUUUAACACAACCUUUUCUACUGAUCAAGGCUUUGAUGACACUCUCCCGGGGUGGGGUGCAGGUCCCCUCAUUGCAGCCGUUACAGCUCGCAUCAGCUCGACUGCUUCCAGCAAUGAAACUUAUAAAGUGCUGGCGAAGAGCUCUCUGCUUGACGUUACAUAUCUCAUUGGCUCUAGUGGACAUCUUACAAUCGAGCCCAAUGAUACAACAGAACGAUUCGAGCAUCUUGUUUUUGCUUAUUAUCUUGUCCACUCGGAAUACCGCGAGGUCCAGAGUCCUGCCGACGUUGAGGCCGCGGUCCCCCAAUCACCGGUCACGACGUACUCGCAGAAUGGAUCAUGGGUCAUCGAUCAUUUUUCUUCCAAGGGCGCCCUAGUAGCUGUGGACCUCUGGAAGCAGUCGUUACUGGACAGUGAAAUAGGCGCACUUCUCCGUGAGGUUGGGAACUACAUGUGGGAAGACAGCCAGGAAUACAGCGUCUCCACCUGGUGGACUCCGCGACUACAGGAGGUGUUCCUAUCCAAUCGAGGCUAUAGCAUCAACAAGUUCAUCCCCAUCUUAGUCGGUUCCGGCGGUGGAUCAUCCCCAAAUAUUACCUACGUUACCGAUGAGGCCGAUGCAGGUGCCAGUCAUACUGUGGACUAUCAACAAACUCUCACGGAAUUGAAUGCGGAGUACCUCACAUCUUUGACACAAUGGAGUAAUGAGCUUGGCAUUCAGUUCUCCGCCCAGGUCGUGUACAACCUACCGAUGGACAUGCUCGCCAAUAUUCCUUACGUCAACGGUCCCGAGUGCGAGACACUAGGUUUCAGCAACAACAUCGACAGCUACAGACAAUUUGCUGGUCCUGCACACCUCGCUGGCAAACGCGUCAUAUCCAACGAGGCUGGCGCAGAAAUGUCAAAAGUAUAUCAGGAGCCUAUACCGGAGCUCCUAUGGACCCUGAAGCGUGCCCUAGCCGGCUCAGUCAAUCAGUUCGUGCUUCAUGGGUAUCCGAACUCAGGCAACUAUGGGAACACGACAUGGCCUGGUUUUACGACCUUUGCGUAUCUCUCUCGGAACCAAUUUGUCGGACAGACAGGCAUUCCAAAGGUGGACCUUGCGUUUUGGUCUAAAUCAACCUCAUACAAAUCAGUUCCAACUGCGUACAUCCCCGUUGAUCUACAGAGUGCAGGCUAUACAUAUGAAUACUUCAGCCCAGACAACUUUAUACUGCCUGGGGCUUACGUUUCAAAUGGCACCUUCGCGCCGAAUCAGCAAGCCUUCAAGGCCCUCGUGGUCCGAGCGAAUGAGACUUUGACAGCAGCCGGGGUUGCAAAACUUGUUGAAUACGCUCAUGCUGGGCUCCCAAUUAUCUUCUCUGGUGGACUACCUUCGAAUUUUAGCGGCUACAAUCCAGAAGCUGCGCAAUUAGCUACUAAGGCACUGACUAACCUGACAUCCUUGGAUGAUAUUCAUGUUGUCUCAUACAGAAAUCUGGCAACGACCCUCCGUUCGCUCGACAUUCUACCGCGGACUUCGGUGAGCGCAAACCGCACAUGGUACACCUUCUGGCGGCAUGACACCACCACACUUGAGGACUACGUCUACAUAUACAAUGAUGCAACUGGCGUGCCGUAUGGUGGUGGCUUUUCUGUAGGAAGCAUAUCUUUCGAGACAACUGGGACGCCUUUCCUGUACGAUGCCUGGUCGGGAGACGUGACUGCCUUGUCUUUCUAUCAGCAGUCCGAGAUGCGUACUACAAUCCCACUCCAGCUGGCUGGUAACCAGUCUAUCAUCAUUGGCUUUCAUAAGAACACACAACCAAGUCUUCAUGCCCUGAAUACUACAGAUGGGGUCCUCUGGGUCACCGGGAACACGACGUCCCUCACUGUUUAUAGAUCCUUCGAUUCAGAGACACGUUCCAUUCAGCUUUCAAGCGGAAAGGCUGCAACGCUAGCCCCGAUGCUAACGCCCGCCUUUACUCUCAGCAACUGGACGCUGAUAGUUGAGUCAUGGACGUCGCCCUCGGAUCUCUACAACGUUGAGGCGGGGCCCACGCGCACGAACUACACCUUUGAGCUUCCAACUCUUUUGCCCUGGAACCAGAUCUCUUCGUCUUUAGCCAACGUCUCCGGACUGGGGUAUUACUCAACAACGUUCAGCUGGCCUCCCCAAACUGCCAACGGCACGGUAUUUGGCGUGGUAAUCGACCUUGGCCCCAUUACUCACACGGCGCGGGUCACAGUCAAUGGACAAGUGUUGCCCCCGGGAGAAAUCUUCUGGGCGAGGUGGGAUAUCGGGCAUCUGCUUCGACGUGGACCGAAUGAUGUUCAAGUGGUCGUUAGCACUCCGCUCGGGAAUGGCCUGCGGACAUACUGGGAUAAGCUCGAGACGAGUGGGAAGCUUGCGAGUGCGACUGUUGCGUCGCCGCCGGAUGAGGCAGAAUACGGACUCAUUGCUCCUGUGCAGAUAGUUGCUUAUCGCAAGGACCAGAUUGCUCAAUGCUGA